CUUGUUUCCUUUUUCUUUCUGUAUUUCAAUAUAAGAUAAAUUUCUGAAACCUGGAACAACAACAUCUGCGAUUGUUUCUGGGUAUUCAUUCUUUUCACAAAGUGUAAAGCUUUAAUUUUCGAUUUCGCGGAGCUCAAAGUUUCAAACUUUUCCAUGUUUCUUGUUUCUUCUAGCUCUGUUCUGUGUACGUCGAAGCAACUUCCCUAGCACUUUCUCAAUUAUUUUAAGUUCCAAUUCUCGAUGACUGAGCUUAGCUCUCCGAAUCUUGACUCCGCCUCGCAGAAGCCAAGAAUCUCCACCGAAAACCCUCCUCCUCCUCCUCCUCACAUAAGCAUUGGUGUCACCACCGGUGACCCUGCUACGUCUCCGGCGAGAACCGUCAACCAAAUCAAGAAAAUAACGGUACUGCCACUAGUUUUCCUGAUAUUCUACGAGGUCUCAGGCGGUCCGUUUGGGAUUGAGGAUAGUGUGAAAGCAGCAGGACCAUUGUUAGCCAUUGUUGGAUUCAUCGUCUUCCCUUUUAUAUGGAGUAUCCCUGAAGCACUCAUCACUGCUGAGAUGGGAACAAUGUUCCCGGAGAACGGUGGUUACGUCGUGUGGGUCACUUUAGCUAUGGGACCUUAUUGGGGGUUUCAACAAGGUUGGGUUAAAUGGCUAAGUGGCGUUAUAGACAACGCUCUUUAUCCGAUUCUCUUCCUUGACUAUCUCAAAUCAGGAAUCCCGAUACUCGGUAGUGGGAUCCCUCGAGUCGCUGCGAUUCUGGUGUUGACUGUAGCCUUGACUUACUUGAACUACAGGGGUUUAAGCAUUGUUGGUGUAGCAGCUGUUCUUCUCGGCGUUUUCUCCAUCCUUCCGUUUGUGGUGAUGUCUUUCAUGUCGAUUCCAAAGCUUAAACCUUCGAGAUGGCUUGUGGUUAGCAAGAAGAUGAAAGGUGUUAACUGGAGCUUGUAUCUCAAUACACUCUUCUGGAAUCUCAACUAUUGGGAUUCAGUUAGUACGCUUACGGGUGAAGUUGAAAACCCGAGUAAAACAUUACCAAGAGCUCUGUUUUAUGCUCUGCUUCUUGUUGUGUUUUCUUACAUCUUCCCGGUUUUGACCGGGACAGGAGCUAUAGCUCUUGAUCAGAAGCUAUGGACUGACGGGUAUUUCGCUGAUAUCGGUAAAGUUAUAGGAGGAGUUUGGUUGGGAUGGUGGAUUCAAGCUGCAGCUGCGACAUCUAACAUGGGAAUGUUUUUGGCUGAAAUGAGCAGUGAUUCUUUUCAGCUACUUGGAAUGGCUGAGAGGGGGAUGCUUCCCGAGGUCUUUGCCAAGAGAUCGCGCUACAGAACUCCAUGGGUCGGGAUACUGUUCUCGGCCUCUGGUGUGAUUAUCUUGUCAUGGUUAAGCUUUCAAGAGAUUGUGGCUGCAGAGAAUCUGUUAUACUGUUUUGGAAUGGUUUUGGAAUUUAUUACGUUUGUGAGGUUAAGGAUGAAAUAUCCAGCUGCCUCAAGACCGUUCAAGAUACCUGUAGGGGUUUUGGGAUCAGUCCUCAUGUGCAUUCCUCCAACAGUACUGAUCGGUGUCAUCAUGGCAUUUACUAACCUGAAAGUUGCGCUGGUGAGCCUUGCAGCUAUAGUGAUUGGGCUUGUGUUGCAACCUUGUCUUAAGCAAGUGGAGAAAAAGGGAUGGCUCAAGUUCUCAACAAGUUCUCACCUACCAAACCUGAUGGAGUAAAGACCACCGAAGAUGGUGAUGCUUUUGGUUUUACUUUUGAUCUUACAGGUAAUGAUCAUUGCUUCUGGAUUUUGGAUCAGAACUUAAAAGCUUAUUCUAUGCCUUACUAGAUGAAGACUUUUCUUUUCAAUGGAUUUUGGAUUUCUUUGAUUUUUCAUUAUACAGUAACUUACACCGCAUGGGAGACAUUUCUGAUCAUAGAAAAAGGACAAAAUUACUUGCUAUAUUUCGCCAUCUUACACAAUCCUCUUAGAGUUUUAGUCGAUUCAUUGACAACAAGGGAUAGUCUACGUACAAGAAAGAAAAGGAAACAACAACAACAAAACAAGAAGAAGAAACAGUGAACACACAAGCUUAUGUUAGUAUGUUACAGAUAGUAUAUAUAAUUUUUUUCGUCUAUCCAAAAUUCUCCUAAUUAAUAACACUAAUGUUUAUGACUUAUGAGUCUAUCACUUAACACUAAUUACGUUUUUAACCCUUUGUAACCCUAA